AUGGUCAACAGGAUAGAGCCCACGAGGAAGGGGACAGAAAAACCAGAAAGCUUUAAUCCAUGGAUUUCUCAGUUCUUCAGCCACCAAUGCUAUAUCACCUUUCUUACUGGCUGCUACAGUUGCCACUGGAAAUAUGGACAAUGGGAGACAACUAAACUUGGAUCCUGUUGCUGCACUCAGAGUGAGCAAUUAUUUUGCCCAUUUCUGAUAAUGUCAUUUGUCUUAUCUGUGAUUUUACUGUUCCUGUGGAUAGAGACCUCAAAUGAAUACUUUGGCAUUGACUGGGUCGCUUUUCUAGGAACAGGAUACUGGUUCUUCUGGUCCAUUUUUUUGUUGAGUUUAUGUGGGAUCCUGGCUGCCUACACUUCAUUGCUGCUGUUACUUGGAAUUUUGUUGAUUUGGGAACGGAUAAAACUAUACCUGCACUGGUGUCAUAAGGCUCUGAUUCUGCUAGUGAUGGGGCUAUGCAUCUUUUUUACCUACGUUGUAUGCAAAUACUGGAAUGACAGGUGGCUGGUAGCUGGGCUGUCACUGCAGAUCUUUGCUCCCUACAUGCACCUGAGCAGCAUAAGUAUGAUGGUUAUCCUUUGCUGGCCUGUGGCCUUCUGCGUGGCCCGUUUGGAAAGAGAAGUUAGAAUGAGAAGACAUGAGAUGACAAGUGACGAGAAAGAAAGACUCAAGAAAUGUAAUAUACUCACAAGAUUAAGAGCUCUACAAGUGGCUGUUGGAGUGCCCUUUAUUCUUAUCCUCUUAUUUCUCUAUUCAAUGCCACUGGGCAUUUAUUCUCCCUGCAUUCAGGAGAAGGAGAAUUUGGGGCCCAAGCCAACCUUCAUUGCACAUAGAGGUGCACCCAUGGUAGGGCCUGAGAAUACCAUAAUGGCCUUUGAGAAAGCUGUUGAAGAAGGAGCCUAUGCACUGGAGACUGACAUAUACUUAAGUUAUGAUGAGGUGCCCUUUCUCAUGCAUGACUAUGACCUGAGAAGAACAACUAAUAUCAGGGAGGUCCUGCCAGAAGCUGCCUUAAAUUAUACUGCCUCCUUCCGCUGGGAUUUUCUGUCGACACUGAAUGCAGGCAAAUGGUUUCUACAAACAGGGCGAAGACCAUUUUUCAAUAUGAAACCUCUAUCAGAGGCUGAUAAGGAAAAAGCAAGAAAUCAGUCAAUUCCAAAACUAGGUGAUUUAUUGAAGAUUGCAAAGAAGGAAAAGAAAUUUGUGAUAUUUGAUCUUAAUGCUCCUCCACCAAAACAUCCUGUCAGACACAAGUAUAUUCACCAAGUAGUAAGCGUGAUCCUUGACUCUCAAAUUGAGCAACAUCUGAUUUUAUGGUUGCCAGGUCAUGAUAGGGAAUAUGUCAGGAAAGCGGCUCCUGGUUUUCAGCAUGUGGGCCGUUUAUGGUCCAUUGAACGCCUUACAGAAGAAAAUAUCAGUAGAAUAAAUGUUGACUACAAGAGGUUGUUCCACAAUGGGUUGAAAGAUUAUAAAGCAGCUAACAUCGACAUCAACUUAUACAUCAUCAAUGAGCCUUGGCUUUUCUCACUGGCCUGGUGCUCCAGGAUUAAUUCAGUGACCACAGACAACAUUCCACUCCUGAGUCAGCUUAAUCACCCUCACUUCUUCAUGACACCAAGUUUCUAUAUAUUCAUAUGGGUUCUCAUGGAUAUUGUUUCCGCAGUUUUCAUUGUUGCUCUAUUUUGUUUUCACUGGUGGAGAGAGAUCAAAACAGAAAAAUCGCUGACAGCCUCUCGCAUUCCUGAAGCUUGA